AUGGCAUCCCAGUUUAUGAAGGACGCGGAGAUGGUAAACAAGCACCUGAUGGACAGCCGUCCCGAUAGCAGCGCCAGCACCGCCAGCAGCAUCACCAGCACCACCUACAAGACGACCACUAUCAAGUGCGAGCCGCCGGAGAGUCCCUCCAGCGGUGCGGAGAACAGCGUCGGCGACCCGGAUACCGAGUUUAUCAGUGUUCCUACCUCGCCCAGCGCCGUCGUCGGCAUGGGCGUCGAUUACCCCGGCUCGCCUUACAACUCGGGCUCCGAGUACCCGAUGAGUCGCAGUCCGGAGGAGGGCGACCACGACGGGUCGCCGCCGCCGCCGCACGGCUCCAACUCACGCCUCAGCUUCACCAGCAGCCUCAACCUCAGUCACAGUCAGCAGGGAGGCGGCGGUGGUGGCGGUGGCGGAAGCGGAGGCAGUGGUGGCAGCGGAGGCGGCGGUGGUGGCGGGGGCGGUGGCUCCAGCAGCAGUCAACUGCUGGACAAGAAGACCCUCGAGUACUGCGUGGUGUGCGGCGACAAGGCCAGCGGCCGGCACUACGGGGCGAUCUCCUGCGAGGGCUGCAAGGGCUUCUUCAAGCGCAGCGUCCGCAAGCAGCUCAACUACGUCUGCAGGGCGAACCAGGAGUGCGAGGUGACCAAGCACCACCGCAACCGAUAUGAUGAUGACUGCUCAAUGGCCAAUGAGCUGCGCUUUGUCCCCGGCGAUACCUCCCAACUGGAGGCGAUGUACCGGGCGCUGAGCCACUGUCAGCUGCUGCAUCCCGAUCCGCAGGACAGCGUCUCUGAAGAUGAGGAAGAUGGUGAUGGCAAUGGCUUCCAGGGAUUUUUGGCUCCCGAAGAUGACCUGAAUGGCGGCGCUGAGCCAGCAGAAGAGGAGGAAGACAUGGACGUCGUGGAUGGGCAGUUUGACGAUGCCGCCGACUGA